AUGCCUCCAACAUUACUCCUCAUACGCCAUGCCGAAGCCUUACACAAUGUGAACCAAGACUACACAAUCCGGGACCCAGGACUCUCUGACCUUGGUCGUGCCCAGUGCGCCGAGCUGAGCCAGGUCCUCCAGGAGAAACUGCCCGAGGAUCUCAAGUCCAACAUCGGCCUGAUCAUCUGCAGCGCCAUGCGCCGCACCUGCGAGACGGCAAUGCUCUCUCUCGGCUGGCUUAUCGAGCGAGGCGUGCCCAUCCAGGCGCACGCGGGCUGGCAGGAGAACUCGGCCAAGCCCUGCGACACUGGCUUGCCUGUCUCCGUGGUGGCCGCUGAGUUUCCCAAGAUCGACUUCAGCCAUGUCGACCCCGUCUAUCCGGACAAGGUCUCGCCCGCUGGCGCCAAGUACAAGUACAAGAAGGAAAAUUUGCUCGCGCGCGCCCAGUCGGACCUUGAGGAGCUGUAUCACCGGCCCGAGAAGGUGAUUGUGGUUGUUUCGCACUCCGGGUUUAUGAGGCAGGCUGUCACGGGGGACCAUUACUUUAAUGCGGACUUUCGAGUAUAUGACUUUGCCGAGAGAGCGCCGGCUGAGGAGGGAGGGCCUCUAAAGUUGACACAGUCGGAACUUACGAAAGGCGCUGGAGGCAUGGGCCGCAGUUGGGACGAGAUCGUGGAGCUUGGAAUCGGGCUCCCGGACGAAGAACUGCCUCCUGGAGCAGACGUGGAGCUGCCCCCGAAUGUUAAGCCGAACUGA